CGUUUUGGAAAGAGCCGAACGGGAGAACCUGUGUCAAAAAGCUCAUCACCGAAAACAGAUUUCGGAGGCUGUUCGAGAAAUGCAUCCGAUCUGUGAAAGGUUUAUAGCGUAAAGACCUUAAAUUCCUUCGGAUCGCCUGAGCUAAGGAUGGAAGCCACAGAAGAAGGCGGCAAAAAUCAGGCUUUCUGCUAUCCAAGUUAAAGCAGCACUGGAAUCCUUGUGGUCAGGAUUACCCCGCUGGAUAGAGUUGUACGAUUGCGGGGUUGUAAUGGAGGUGAAUGAAAAAAACUAUUACAAUUCGACAAAUUUAAUGUAGCUGCUGAACAGCAGCGAGCUGAAUUGCAUUCCAGCUGAAAGUGUCGAGUGCAUCGUGUCGUCGAAUAGAGUGGAAAGGGGGAAAGCAAGGAAGAUUCUUCAAGUCGCGUGUGUUUUUUCACAUCAUGUACAUGAAUAGCUAAUAAAUACCAACCGAUUGGCAAGCUCACAGAUUGUAAGAGCUCUGGCGCUGGCCACAAUUACCCUGAUACAACAAAAAAGGAUUUUCAAAGGAAAUUCACUGGAGACGGUCAAUUUCUCCAUGUGGACUGAAGAAAAGUAUGUUCACUGAAAAUAAAAGCAACUGAAGAUGAAUAUUCAAGUCUGAAAUCUAGAGGGAAAUAUUUCUGAUGUAGAAAAUUGUAAUUUACUUUGGAACUCCUUUGAAACAAUCGUCGAUUUACUGAGAUUUCAUCCAAUAUCAAGGAGAACCUUUGCUUCUAUAUUUGUGGCACACAAUUGUACACAAUGCCACUUCACAAGGAGAGGCCACCAUGGUUUAAUUGCAUAUUGAGAGUGGUGAUGAUGCCUCCAGUACGAAAGGGAUUUGAUAUUACCUUCCUUCUUUGGAUACUCGGAUUUACAUUAAAGGGCAGCCUGGUGCUUUGCCAGAAACUCGACGAGCCCUACCCAGUGGUGAACACCAAUUAUGGCAGACUGAGGGGGAUCAAAAAAGAACUAAGUAAUGAAAUCUUGGGUCCAGUAAUCCAGUACCUUGGUGUGCCAUAUGCUGCUUCACCAACAGGAGAACGUCGUUUCCAACCCCCUGAACCGCCUUCUUCUUGGUCAGAAAUACGAAAUGCCACCCAUUUUGCACCAGUCUGUCCCCAGAAUAUACAUGGUAUGUUGCCAGAUGUAAUGCUCCCCGUGUGGUUUACUGCCAACUUGGAAGUAAUUGCAUCUUAUGUUCAAGAACAGAAUGAAGAUUGCCUCUUUCUAAACAUAUAUGUGCCUACUGAGGAUGUAAAAAGAAUAUCGAAGGAAUGUGCCAGAAAACCGGGCAAGAAAAUAUGUAGAAAAGGAGGUCCCCUUGCAAAGAAACAGGCUGAUGAUUUAGGUGAUAAUGAUGGCACAGAAGAUGAAGAUAUUCGUGAUAGUGGACCCAAACCUGUUAUGGUCUUCAUCCAUGGUGCAUCAUACAUGGAAGGCACAGGAAAUGUAUUUGAUGGUAGUGUACUGGCGAGUUAUGGCAAUGUCAUAGUCAUCACACUCAACUAUCGGCUUGGCGUUUUGGGAUUCCUGAGCACUGGGGACCAAGCCGCGAAAGGAAACUAUGGGCUUCUUGAUCAAAUACAAGCUUUACGAUGGAUUAGUGAAAAUAUAGCUUUCUUCAGCGGCGAUCCAUUAAGAAUAACUGUUUUUGGAUCUGGUGCUGGUGGCUCUUGCGUCAAUUUGUUGACUUUGUCCCAUUAUUCUGAAGGUAACCGUUGGAGCAAUUCAACCAAAGGCCUUUUUCAGAGAGCAAUAGCACAAAGUGGUACUGCUUUGUCCAGCUGGGCAGUCAGCUAUCAGCCAGCAAAGUUCGCAAGGCAGUUGGCCACAAAAGUUGGCUGCAACAUGAUAGAUACCAUUGAGUUGAUUGAAUGUUUACGUUCUAAACAGUACAAGGAACUUGUUGAACAAGACAUACAACCUGCAAGAUACCAUAUUGCCUUUGGACCAGUCAUUGACGGAGAUGUUAUACCAGAUGAUCCUCAGAUUCUCAUGGAACAGGGGGAAUUCCUUAAUUAUGACAUCAUGCUGGGAGUAAAUCAAGGUGAGGGAUAUAAAUUUGUUGAAAGCAUAGUGGACAACGAGGAUGGAGUUUCAGCCAGUGAUUUCGACUUUGCUGUGUCUAAUUUUGUGGAUAACUUGUAUGGUUAUCCUGAAGGCAAGGAUGUCCUGAGGGAGACCAUCAAAUUCAUGUACACAGAUUGGGCGGACCGGCAUAAUCCCGAAACACGGAGGAAAACAUUGCUGGCUUUGUUUACUGACCAUCAGUGGGUGGCACCAGCAGUGGCUACAGCUGACCUACAUUCAGGGUUUGGUUCACCCACUUUCUUCUAUGCCUUUUAUCAUCACUGCCAGAGUGACAUGAUGCCAGCUUGGGCUGAUGCAUCUCACGGAGAUGAAAUUCCUUAUGUCUUUGGGGUCCCAAUGAUUGGUGCAACUGAACUUUUCCCUUGUAAUUUCUCCAAAAAUGAUGUCAUGCUCAGUGCUGUUGUGAUGACCUACUGGACUAACUUUGCAAAAACAGGUGACCCAAAUCAACCGGUCCCUCAGGAUACCAAAUUUAUCCACACCAAACCAAACCGUUUUGAAGAGGUUGCCUGGUCAAGAUAUACUCAGAAAGAUCAACUCUACCUGCACAUUGGACUGAAACCGCGCGUUAAAGAGCAUUACAGAGCCAAUAAAGUCAACUUAUGGUUAGAGCUGGUUCCUCACUUACAUAGUUUGAAUGACAUUUCCCAGUAUACUUCUACAACUACUAAAGUCCCGUCUGAAAUUACAAACAGACCAUCAAAGAAGUGGUCUGUUACCACGAAACGUCCUGUGACCUCGGUCUUUCCCACUGUCAAGCAAGACGACCAGAAGCAUUCUGCGGGCCCUUUCUUGGUUGAUCAAAGGGACUACUCAACGGAGUUAAGUGUUACCAUUGCAGUUGGAGCUUCCCUUUUGUUCUUAAAUAUCCUUGCCUUUGCAGCGUUGUAUUAUAAGAAGGAUAAAAGGAGGCACGAUGUUCACAGAAGAUGCAGCCCUCAACGCAACACCGCCAAUGACCUAACUCAUGCACAAGAAGAAGAAAUUAUGUCCCUGCAGAUGAAGCACACUGAUCUUGAUCACGAAUGUGACUCCAUCCAUCCACACGAGGUUGUUCUGCGGACAGCCUGCCCUCCGGAUUACACAUUAGCAAUGAGGCGAUCCCCAGACGAUAUACCUUUAAUGACACCGAAGACCAUUACUAUGAUUCCAAAUACUAUACCUGGUAUGCAGCCGCUCCACACGUUCAACACAUUUACAGGAGGACAAAACAACACCCUUCCUCAUCCUCAUCCCCACUCACAUUCAACCACUAGGGUAUAGCCAGGCAAGAUCUGAAGAUAACAACAACUCAAAAAGUGUGAGAUUGCGAGUGAAGAUCAUAUUUGAAUUGGUGUUCAUGGUGCAUGACCAUUACUAAAUAUUAAGAGGAAACAAUCUGUGGUAAUUGUCUUUAAUACAGUUGGAUAAAUUCCUAAAAGGCAAGUAAGUUUGGACCCGUCUGAUCAAUUAAAAAAAUUCUAGUAGAUGGCAAUAUUUUGCAGUUCUCUUGGGAAAGGAGAAGUAUUUUUCUCUGAAGACUUUGAACUACGUGUUCUGCUUUGGUGCCAAAAGCAAUGUUGUCCCGUUAGGCAUGUGUUGCACUAAUGAAGAAGGAUUUAAAACAAUAACUUUGAAGACUGCACAAAUGCACAAGGAGCAAGUUCCUAGAAUGAAACAAAUUCUGUCUAUUUUCUUUUUGGAACAAUGCCAUUGUUCAAAUUUGCUAAUGAAAUGUACAUUCAGUACAUGCUGUUAAGUUUUGUGUAGAGUAUUCAUGCACAAGGAUAUGACUGCUUUCUUUCAAUGAGACAGAAGAAUAGACCAAUUACUGCCAUGAACAGCUUUUUGCAAAGUGCUUUCAACACAAUUUCGGCAAACAUGCGACAGGACAUUUUUAGCACGAUGCGCAUGAUUAUUUAUCUGCUUUGUGACUGUGCUGCUCAAUAAGCUGUGAUAAGAACAUACUUUGCUUCCCCAUAAAAAUUAGUAUUAAAAACACUUCCUUCAUCAGAUGACAACCUGAGGAAGAGUUUGAUGCAAAUCCAAUCAAUAAGUUCUUGGUAGUUUCAAUAAACAGAUCAAAGAAAGUAGUUUUGUACAAAAAUGUGCUAGAAUAAUUGUUGACGUAAACACAGUCAUAAAUUCUAGAAAAGGGAAUUUUCGGUGUUGUAAUUUUUCUUCAUCAAAUUCCAGUCCUUUUCUAAUUAUUUAGUGCCAGCUUAUCAAACAGCAGUAAAAGGAAUCUAGUUUGCUCUCGUUCGCAAGUAUCAUUGACAGUGUGGUUGACAGCAGUAUGUUCAUUCUAACAAUGUGCUGUUGAGAAAUGAGACCCUAUGCCAAAAUAAAUAAAGAUUUAAGUAAAGUUAAAGUUAGUUUUAUUAAAUAACAAGUUGAUCAGAAAUUCUCAGAAUGCGAAUGCAUUGGGAAGGAUAUUGAAUUCAGAUUAUUUUGCAAUAACAUUGGCAUAAAAUGUAUAACAAAAUAGCAGAAUGUGAUUAACCAUCCUUCUUUCAAUUAGUUAUGUGAAUUGAAAAGUUUACAACCUGCUUAAUGUCAUGUUACCAUUGAUUGGAUAUAACACCACUGCCACUUUUAGGAGGACAUCAAAAUUGCCAGACGAACUUUCGCCAAAUUAUUUUUAUUUUCUGUUGUAUAAAUGACUUACAACAUUUGAUUUUGUUAUGCAUGCCCCAAAACACUUUUUGUUUAUCUGAAAGCAUGUUAAAAAUUCAUCGUUUGUCCCUUUUAAAAUAAAUAUUAGUUGCGGGCAUCUUUAUAUGACAGCCAUUGAAUUACUCCUGAUCAUCUGCUCCACGUAUACAAGCAGUGUGUAACAGGAGUCUGAAGGAGGGUUUCGGCCCGAAACGUCGCCUAUUUUCUUCGCUCCAUAGAUGCUGCUGCACCCGCUGAGUUUCUCCAGCAAUUUUGUGUACCUUGUAACAGAUUUCAUAUGGUUCAUUGUAAAUCAUGCAAACCUAAAUGAAAUCAAUUAAAUUAAAUAACUUAGUGCUGCAUAGAUAUUUGCUGUUUAUUAAACUAUUUCCUAAUAAGCACGAGUAUCAGAACUGAUUUGGAAUUUUUUUACUCAAGAAAGCUUUUGAUUAAUAAUCUGGAAAAAAAUGAGUAAUAGGAAGAGAUUUCUCCAAGUAGUUUUGCGACAUGCGAGGCAAUUUAUGAUGCGAAUGGAUAAUGCUCAUUGAUUACUUGAUGCUUUAUUCUAAAACUUAGAAUAAAACUUUUGAGUUUUAUGGUUUCCCUAGACUCCUAGCAAUUAAUUAAUUCUCAUAUAAAUGAUUGUGGUUUGUAAAGCAGUUGUUUACUUAAUUUCAUUAAGUGAUUUUUUUUUUUGGAAAGUCUGGACCUUUUUUGCAUAAGUUUGCAUUUGGUAACAACAUGCUAAUUUGAUUUGAAAUACAUUAAAAAUUAAGGAACAGAAAUGUUCUUUAUUGUGCUGUGCUUUCUGUAAAUGAUUUACCUUGGAAUUGCUGUAAUUCACAUGCACAUUGCUUCUGUUGUGUUAAAUAUCGAAAAGAUGCUGCGCAGUUACUAUUCGCUAAUAGACAUUAGAACUGUAACCACCUGUAAAAACAUUUUUUUUAAUAUUUUGUUCACAAAGAAAAGUCCGGUUCGGUUUAUUCUCGAGGAACCUCAACAUGAGAAAUCUACAUAUUUUGUAAAUAUUUGCAAAUGAGUAUUCUGCUCUGAGAGCUCCUGGUGACAUUAUCUGUAAAAUGUAUGUAGAAGGUUUUAAAAUUGUUCAUAGUUGACGGCAUGCAGUAUAGCAUCGGUUGUGAUCCCUUAUACAUUCAGUAUGGACAUGCUAUUUAUGAAAUCUGACAAGUAAGAAGGAUUAGAAUGGGAAUGAAUACUUAAAAACGUUUUACUCCAAUUUUAUAACUUCACAAUUUUGCUAAUUUGGAUUUUUUUGAAUUAAAUUACAAGAUAUCAUGAACUUAAACUGAAUUUAUGACAUAUUGCGGCUUUAAUUGUUGUAAGAAGGCAGAACAUGAGAUUUAUUGCGUGUAUUUCACAUGAAUAUUGUGACACAACUGGGGAAAUUAAAAUAAUAAGGGCUGUCAAAAGUGCCCUGACAGUUUGUUGCUUGUAAAUUGUUUCUCCUGUGCUGUUUGAGGUAAUUUGCCCUUUUCAUUUUCCAGUGAUAAGUUGUAUUUGAGUAUUGCUACUUAACGUAAGCGACAUUAGAUAGUUUGAGUGAACAUUUGCCAAAAACCAUUUGAUUGUUGAAGUGCACAAAAAGCAUUUGUUCAGGAUCGUUUCCCAAACAAAGUUCAUGGUAUAUUGCACAGCCUGUAUAUGUUUCUAAGUUUUUGUUUUCACAAGUCAAAUGAUUUUUGUCAUCAAAUAUUUCCCUGCCAUUUGUCACUUGCAGAAACAAUCAUUUAAUUUUAUUUGCAAAGGCAUAAUACCCUCAAAUGACUGUGAAAUUUAUGUCUGAACAACCAUGACUCAAACAUUUCCUAAUAUCAUUAAUAAAUAUAAUAUUUUUUAACUUGUCCAGGCUGUUCCUCAUUGUUAUCUAGUUUUUUGUACUCUGUGACUGGAGUCCCUGUUAGAUAUUUUAUCAAGCUAAAUUUAUUUCCAGAAUUUUAUGGAAGGAUUUUUUUUACUUUAGAGUAUAUUUAUUUUCCAUUUAGUAUGCAAUAAAUCCUCCCAAUAUUCUCUGUUUCUCCCAAAAAUGGCAAUUAGUAAUAAAAGAUUGUAUAAUGUAUAUCCUCACAACCUCCUGGCAUUCUAUACCAGAUGGUGCGAAGUCAUCUGCAAGGCCAGGUAGCAGCAGCCUGUUUGAUUAAGGAUCUCAAUCAUAACUAACCCGAAUACCUUUCUCAUUCCAUUCACAUACAUCCCUACUUACACACACAUGCACCCAAACACAUACUCACUAACACCAUUUGCCAACAGUAGCCACUGGUUAGCAAGACCAUGAACCCUGGUUAAGUUUACAGCACUUCCACUGUCAAUAGGGACCAUGAAUCAAAACUCUACUUUUCCUGAUCUGUUUGAUGCACCACUGCAGUAUAAAUAGUAAACCAUUACGACCUCAAAACAUAACAGGCGGCUGCCAUUAUUGAAUUGUGAUUUUGCAGGAGACUCUCUCGCUCUCUUUCUCUCUCUAUCUCUCUCUCCAUCUUCCCUUUCUCUGCCUGUCUGUCUGUCUCCCUCUCCCUCUCUUUCUCCUCUCUCUGCCAGUCUCUCUCUGGUUCGGUAUGUAUAUGUCUGUCUAUCUCUGUUUCUAUCUCUCUCUCUCUCUCUCUCUCUCUCUCUCUUUCUCUCUCUCUCUCUCUCUCUCUCUCUCUCUCUCUCUCUCUCUCUCUCUCUCUCUCUCUCUCUCUCUCUCUCUCCCUCUCUCUCUCUCUCUCUCUCUCUUUCUCUCUCUCUCUCUCUCUCUCUCUCUCUC